GACUCAGAAUGAUAAGUGAAAUUCAGAAGAAGAAGAAAACAAUUAAACACGCCACGUGGGGCAUAGUUCUACAGCAUAUGAUCUGAGAUGUUUUUCAUUGUGGUCUGCAUUGCUAAAUCAUCUGAAAUCAAACCCGUGGAUCCGGAUGCUUGUGGUCUCUAUUAAAAGGCAAGUGGCUUUUAUCGUAUAUGAACGUGGACGUUUUCCCGAACUCUCGCGUGUCAGGUGAACGGAUGAGGUCAGAGCUCACGGUCCAGAGCCGCGUCAGAGCCGCGUCAGAGGCGGAUGAGGAUGAAGCCCGGCUGGAAUGAGCGGCGGAGGGAUCUGUGUUCGUGCGCUCAGGCCAUCCGCUCUUCCGCACAGUUUCCCGAUGUGAUUCGUCUGCGCUGAAAAUGGAGUUCGCGUAAAGCAGAUCCCACAAACUUCCCGGGAAGAAUUCCCAUCGCUCGGCACGUUCUUCUCGCGCAUUCUGUCCCAGUCUUAGCCUCUGGUUCACCUCCGGCCGAGCAGCGGACAGCAGCGGACAGCAGCGGGCUCCUCGUCCGAUCUCUGACAUUCUGCCGAGUGGAGCUGUCGCCUGAUCGGCGCGUGUGGGUUUUCCAAACUCGCUUUCGCCGGGAUUUAGGGAUUUUUGUGGGAUCAGGAUGAGGAAUGCGCGGAUGGGUUCCCCGCUGGAUGUGAUGUAUGGCUCAGACGGCUCGAAGUGCCGCUUUCACUGCUUUCACGCUCCCUUCCCGUUCUGAGUCCAGUGCUGCAUGCUCGCCUGCAGAGCGCCUCGCUUUCUGUCAGUGAUGGCCUUUCGUGGUGUUUCCACCGAGGACAUGGAGAUAUUUGCGCUUUAUUUCCCCGCAGUGAGUGCCAGCUCGAUCAUAUUUCCAGGAUUUGGAUCCCCGUGAGAAAACAUGAGCGAAGAAUCAAAUCCAAACAGCGAGGAGAGUUACGCUCGUGUGAGAGCGGUGGUCAUGGGUCGUGAUGACUCCAGCGGCGGAUGGCUUCCUCUGGGCUCCGGUGGACCCAGCUGCGUCACUGUGCACAAGGUCAGCCGGACCGAGGCCGACGGCUCCAGCGGAGCGGAUUUCCUCAUCCACGGAGAGCGGCUCAGAGACAAAACGGUGCUGCUGGACUGCGUCAUCAGGAGGGAUCUGGUGUAUAAUAAGGUCAAUCCCAUCUUCCACCACUGGAGGAUCGGCAGCAUGAAGUUGGGCCUGACCUUCCAGAGCCCAGCGGACGCCAGGGCCUUCGACCGCGGGAUCCGGCGAGCUCUGGAGGACAUCACACAAGCCGUGAUCAGGCCCAAUCACACGCCUGUUGCUAGGCAGCAGGAGAGUUGCGGCGAGCGUGUCUCCAUGGUGAUGCAGAGCCACAGUCAGUCACGUGUGUUUCUGUCAGAGCAGCAGGUGAGCGACUCUCUGCUUCUGUGUUACAGUAAAGCUGCUGUCCGCCGCAGGGCAUGCUGGGAGUUCAUGGAGCUGAUCUGUGAGACCAUGUCUGUCGGUACACCGGUGAGAGACGUCUUCUGUUCUCAUGGUGUCGUGUCCACUGAACCUUUCCGCAGCUCUUACGUACGAGCUCAGCCCUUCGACAAGGCUCUUACUGCCAGCCAGCGGUUCCUGCCUCCACAGGUUUCCUUCAACACCAGGCGUCACGUGAGCUUUCACAUGGAUGACGAGGAGAUUGUCCGCAUCAACCCGCGGAAGGACGUUCUCAUCCGAGGCUAUGAGGACUACCGGCACCCGGUGUUGUGGAAGCAGGACCCAGAGCGCGAGGAGCCCGACGCCUCCGCCGCCUUCUCCAAGCUGGAUGGCAAGAAGUGCGAGUACCUGUACGGCGAGGGCCCGGAGCAGCACAUCGGCGGCAAGGACUCCGUCAAGACACAGCAGCCGGUCCUCGGCAAGUGCAAGGCAUCCCGCAGGCGGCGAGAGGACGGCGAGCGCUCGCGCUGCAUCUACUGCCGCGAGAUGUUCAACCAUGAGGACAACCGGCGGGGUCAGUGCCCCGAUGCGCCCGACCCCAUCAAGCAGUGCAUCUACAAGGUGAGCUGCAUGCUGUGUGCCGAGAGCAUGCUGUACCACUGCAUGUCCGACUCGGAGGGAGACUUCUCGGACCCAUGCUCCUGCGACAUCAGCGAGGAGCAUUUUUGUGUGCGCUGGCUGGCGCUGCUGGGUCUGUCUUUGCUGGCGCCCUGCAUGUGCUGCUACCCGCCGCUGCGCGCCUGCCACCGCUGCGGAGAGGCCUGUCGCUGCUGUGGAGGAAAGCACAAGGCUGCGGGCUGAGCGCUGUUUUCAUUGGCCCGAGACGGGCGAAGCGUCACUCACCGCUUGACUGGAGCUUGUGGAGAGAGCGGCCGAGCGCAAACGUUGAUGGAGCUGAGCGGAGGAGCUCCUGACGUGAGGAGGAACGUCCUCGCCGCUCCGACAUGAUGAGGAAGCGCACUCCUGGAGCAACAUGUCGCGUGUAACUAUGUGAAGAAAUAAUAAUACUAUCGUGUCUUGUACAGAGAUCUAACACAUGUACGCUGAAGGGAUUUCCGCUCUUGGCUUUUUCGUGCAGUUAUUAACCGUGGCCUUUUCUUUUUGACGCUAUCAGUACUAGACGGAGAAAUGCACUAAGGUACAGACUCUUGUGCUCUUGUUUUGCUCCUGCAUUGUGUUCGGGACGCACGUUUCCUAAAGCGCUGAUGCUUUCAAUCCAGCGGGCACUUAUUAUAAUCCCAGAAGCUCCUUUCUGACUUUAACCGCAGACGGUUUAAAACGCUGAACAACAUCCAACACGCAGGACAUUAUUCUCAAGGUGGAAUAUAAGUGUUUAUUUUACAUGCAUGUUUAAAGCUGUUUAUGUUGAUGCCGAAUCUUGUUUUGACUAAUAAUCAGAUGUUUUGUGCAAAGAUGAUCUGUCAGUGUUGUGGGAAAGAAAGGCGGUUUACUUUCUAUGCAAGUAUUUCCACGAGAUGCUCGGACCUCCGGCUGUACAUAUCAACACUAUUCCCACAGUGACGGUACGUAUCGUGGUUUGAUUUCACAGCAUUAUGUACAUAAGUCACAUUUGAAUAUUGUUUCACAUUGAAAAGUAGUGGAGACGACGGAAAUGACUUCUGAGGUUUUAAUGGAGAUUCUCUCUAGUUUUGUAUUGCCGAACGAUGACAGUAAAUGGUGCGCGGAACAAGCGUUUUUGAAGCUCGUCUUAUGAAGCUGCUAGAAACAAUCACUAACCGCAUCGCAAGAUUUAAUCGGAUGACUGUUAAUCGCGAUCUAGUUCUCCAGUAUGGUUUAACCCUCGCCGCGCUUUUGUGUUGCUUCUUCUGGUGAAUCGUUGGCGUCUGUGGAGAACCGGCUGGAGGCGAAUCUGGAUUUCUACGGUUCCUCGCAGAUUAUGCAACGCUUUCGCGUGUAACAUUGCGUUCAUGUGACUACCAGUUUAAUCAGGUGCUGCUACUGUUUUAUUUUUUUAUUCGUGUUCUUCUCUAUUCAUGGAAAUAUGACUCUGGAAUGCAUAACAUAGUGUGCGCAUUUUCUCGGUUAUGAAUUGCCCGUGUAAAGGCGUCCUGUAGUCGUGUGCUCGUGUUCUUGAUUAUGCAGUAUAGCAGUGGUUUCUGAGCCUGUGAACUCGUUUAGUUUUAGUGCCAUCGGCUUCAUUCUCCUCCAUCUGAUAAAGUGCCUCACAUCCGCCGUAGACUCGCCCGUAACGCUCACGAUCUGCUUCUGUCGCUUUAUAUCUAUGUCUAGCUAUUUCUAUCAUGGUUUGAAAAUACUAAAUAUAUGAUGUAAUAUUUAUAGUUCAGUAACUCAUGUCAUAGAUGUAUUUUCUGUAUACAGAUGUAGCUUGUUACUUUCAUAAAUAUACAAUGUAAAUAUGCAUACAGAUGUUUGUAACUGUUUUUAUGUUACACCAUACACUUAUUACAUCAAUUAACAUUACCAUCAAAAAUAA